UGACAUCGUCGGGGGAAGAGAAGCUGUGCAGAGCUCCUACUCUCAGCUGGCUUCACUUUCCUCAUUGGCACCAUGACAUCAUCUCUACCGUGGAAAUUCCACUUGUCCUCCUGUGCCCCCACCUCUGGCCCAGUCCUCAGAGUUCCUAUAAAGAAGCGAUCCCAACUCAGUGUCAGCACAGAACACAGUCGGGUUCUGAAGCUUCUUGGUUCUGUCGUCUGAACUGUGUGAAAGCUUCUCCUCUGCCGAGACCAUGAAGCUCUGCAUGACUGUCCUGUCUCUCCUCGUGCUAGUGGCUGCCUUCUGCUCUCCAGCACUCUCAGCACCAAUGGGCUCCGACCCUCCCACUGCCUGCUGCUUCACUUACGUGCUGCGGAAAGUUCCUCGCAAAAUCUUGACGGAUUACUAUGAGACCAGCAGUCUUUGCUCCCAGCCAGGUGUAGUAUUCCUGACCAAAAGGGGAAGACAAAUCUGUGCCAACCCCAGUGAACCCUGGGUCCAGGAGUACGUGGAUGACCUGGAACUGAACUGAGCCCCUUCAAAGACAGGAGCAGGAAAUGUCCAAGGAAGGUCACCUGAGCCUGACACUUCUCAGUGAGACGCACCUUCUCCAUGUUUACAGCUCCUCUCAGUAGUCCCUGUUUCUUGUCUUAAUUUAAUCUUUACUAUGUGCUAUGUAUUUUAUUUGGUGUUAUUUUCAUUAUUUAUAUUUUGUUGUUGUUGUUUGCCAAAGGAUACAUGUCCCCCAUGGGGAAAGCCCACCCAAUGUUUUUCUGCUAUUGAGAAUACAUGGAGAGUGCAGUUGAAUCCAUGUGUUUUCAUAAUAAAACUUAAUAAAA